CACUCGAUAUACUACUUCCAAUCGAAGAGCUCUAUCAACCUAAUAAGAUUCUAUCUAUCCUGGAUCAAAGUAGAAAUCAAGAGAAUGUGUUCAAAAUCCAAUUGACUUAAAUCAACAUACUUCAAUUGAAUAAAACCAAUCAUUAUAACAUCCAAAGGUUGAAGGUUCAUACAACAAAGAUGAUAACACAUGGAACUAGGGUUCUUCAAAACCUAAGUGAAGGGAAGCUACUAUAGAGGAGAGGGAGAGUACAUUAUAACUUUCCAGACCUUUAAUCUUUAUGUAUGGGCUUGUUCCUCGAGCCGCCAAGACAUAGAAAUCAUCCAAUUCCUUUCCAAGAUCGCCCUCAAAUCACCCUCUCUCUCUUUGGUUCGUCUCUUGGGUGUUUGGGGUCCACAUCCAGCUCCCCCCUCCAAAAACGCAUAAAACGACCCUUUAUACCUGUUGCGGGCCUAUUGCAUGGUUGAAGUCCAAUUCCACGACUGUGGAAUGCUAGCACAGAUAGGGGAAUAGCCAAAAUUGCACCUUCAGAUAGGGGAAUUACCUCUGCUCAAUCCAUGGGCUCAUUUGGUGUUCCACGCAUGGAACAUGAUGCCCAGACCGUGGAACUCAGUUCUUCACCCUCCAAGGUCUUGAACAUUGCCCAAUUAUCCCCAAACUUGCUCCUAAGCCUCCAUUCACGCUCUAGGGCCUGAAACAUUGCAUAUGUGCACAACCUAGCAUAAAAUUGGCUCAAUAUGCAAGGAAUCAAUCUUAAACGCCCAAGAAGUGAGCGAAUAAACAUGUGCAAUUAGAGUGUUAUCAUUGUGUGUGCUAUCAAAGAACACAUGCCAAAUUUUCAAUCGCUAUACUGGCUUAGUUUGUUUUGGAGACUGAAGCUAAGAUGACACUGUUCAAGUUCUAAAGGAGAAAGAAGUUGUCAAUUAAUUAUGUUGUUUAUGAAUGUUUAUCUUUAAUGUUGAACAAUUUGUAUGGAAAAUUUGUGGUUUGCUUGUAUGUUCUAGAUUGGUAUUUUUUGUAUGCAAAAUUUGUAUGGUCAAAUUGAUGUUACAAUUUUAUUUUUAAAGGAACUUGUUAUUGUGCCGGGUUUGGUAAAGCCCUCCUCUCCUCCCAUUUUUUCCAAGCUGCUAACCUCCUAACCAUUGUUAAGGAAGCAGAUCAGAUAAACGGUUGGCCAAUAGAACCACUAAAAUCUAAUUGCAAUAGUGGUUCAGUUCAUUUGAUUGUAUUGUUAGGGAUGAACCAAACGAUUUAACUGAUGAAUCCCCCUCCCCCGGUUUAACUGGUUUCGGAUACCUAAAGUAAAUAUACAUAACAAACUAGUCCUACUCCUAACUAAACUAUACUACAAAACCCUAAACUAAUAGAAAAAUUCACUUCGAUCAUGUCUCCUAUUAUAAUAUCGAUUCUAGAAUCAAUUAACUAGCUAAUGGUUCUCUCGUAAAUUUACCUAUCCUAAGAGUGUUUUGCCAGUGUUGGGAGAUGCUCACCAUUAACUGUAUAGUACUAGGCGUCAUCUACGUACUAGGCGUCAAGGAAAAGAAGGCGUCGAUCAAACGAGGAAACAAGUAAGGCGUCACUUAAAGUUAUAACAAAAAGAACGGCUUUUUAAAGGAUAAGAGAGUAGGCGUCAGGUACGAAAAGGCGUCGGGGGUUAGAACUUAUAAAUCCCUUCGAUUUUACUUUUCUCACACCUCGAGUCCACCCUAUCGAGUACGAGUAACCCUACAGCAGCUGCCGCCGCCGCCUUCGCCACCACAACGACCGUCGUCACCGCUCUGCUUGCGCCAUCAUGUCGUCUUUCAGAGAAUCGGAGAAGCGUGCUGAAGAGGAAGAGUUAGCUCGCCAUAGAGAGAUGCUGGCCACAAUGGUGGAGAAGCAGAGGCGAAGGGAGAGAGAGCUGGAAGAGAGAGAGAGGUUGAGGCCGGAGGCUCGGUUGGGGCAAGCUGCUGUAGUAGUGCCUGUCGCCGCCGGCCAUGGUGAUGCUGCUGCUCCGGCCCAUGGAGGUGGAGGUGGUGCUGCUGGAUACUACGUCCCGAGGUUUCUUCAAGCCGCUCAGGCUGCCCGGGAGGCUGCUGCUGCUGCUGCUGCUGCGAGGGUUCCAGCUGAUGGAGGCGCCGGUGCUACACCUCGUCUGUAGUUCGGUGAUUAAUUCCCAGAGUAUUGGGCGCCAAGUUUCAGAGUUCAUCUCGUGUUGCUGUUGUCAAAUAAACAGUACUUCUUCGUUUGGAGUAUUGCAGAGUCAGUCUAGUAGUUAUGUUUAGUUGAAUUUGAGUCCUGUGUGUGGAGGGUUAGUUGAGAGUUUUCAGCUUGUUAGGUUGCUAGCAGAUCGUGUUAGCUUGUUUUAAGGAUCAUAGAACGUUGGUAGCACCCUAAGUUUGUGGCUUGCAUCAACAACUAUAUGUAUCUUGGUUUUCAUCCAAUAAAAGUUGUCAGAUUGCAAUACAAGUGUUCUACAUUAGGUAUCAUGGCAUUAGCAAGCUGUAACCAUUCUUGUUUUUAGCAAGUUUCUGAGUGAUUGAUCAAGAGUGAAAUUGAGUGUUGAUUUACCGGAUCUGGGUUUGGGAAACACAGGAUUACUUUGUGAGGAUUUGUGUUUGAAAGGGUGAGUGAGACUAUUGCGUUACCAGGGUUGGUUAUGCUUUGCAAAAAUGAGUGACGAUGCUAGCUUUGCACAAGUGAAAUUGGACUUUAAUAAGUGGAGUCUACUUAUGGAAAAUAUCCCAAGAUAAAGGGAGUAUUGGACUGUCGUCAGUGACGGCUUCAUGAACCACUUUUUGGGGUUUGGUUGUCUAUUAUUGAUUUCAAGAAUUUGGAUGAUCUCGAGCUGAAAGAUCUCAAAACUAAGAACUAUCUAUUCAACUCCAUUGAAAAGUCCAUUUUGGAGAUCAUCACUGUUUGAGCCACGAACCCCACUUCGCUAUCCGGACGUCUUCGGGCGUCAACCUACACACACAAAGAGGAGGGCGCCUCGGCCCGUUAAUCCUCCGACGCCCAAGUUAGUCUCAGUGGGAGAGUAAAGUUCUCAAGUAGUGUUAUAUCGAGAGAGAGUCCGACCUGCAUAAAUGCUACCGACUGCCCCUAUUUAUACUCACCGAACUCGAGGCUGAUCUCCUCCACGUCACUAUCCUUAUUUAAUGCUCUGUGUCCCUUCUGUGAGACACCCGACCACCUUGUCAGGCUCCUGACACCCGCCAGGCACCCAACUGCCUUGCCAGGCUCCUGACACAUGACAGGCGCCCGCAGGCUGUGGUCCCCUGGACAGCUGGUCUCCAUUUGGCUUUUAGUGUUUUAUUCUUUGGGCCCUUCCCCCUAUUUGGGCCCAAGGGCUUCUGGUGGAUCUUUCUUUUCAGGCCUUGCCCCCCAAUUCCUUAACUCUGGGAGCCCAAGUUUCCAAGACCACUCGUACUACCCCCAACAAUUGCCCCCCCAGUUAGGUGCUCAUGGUUUCACCUUUGAGCGCCUAGCUGACUCUCUGGCUGCGGUUUCGGUGUUUCUCAUGUUGUGGGGCGCCCGUGUUGCGUCUCUGCCUUCCUUUCCGACUCGGAGACGCUGUUGCCCCCUCCUUUCAUUGGUGGGCGUCCCGUUCUCAAUGAUGCCCCUUGCUACAUGAAUUUCUUCUUCGUGACUCGUGGGCGACUUUUGAUCGCAUUCUACGUUCGGGCGUCCCUUGCCCUUAUGCCCCCCUCACGGGGAGAGUUUUGAAAUGAACCCCACCUUUCACG